AUGAGUUCUAGCGACAUUGCCGCAAAUGGAUGGACUGCUGUCCCAGUUGAUGCCGGAAAGAUCUUCAGCAAUGGACCUUAUAUCAAUGAACCUGAGUACAUUGACCUUCAGAGCAUUCAAUUCCCAGGCGAUGACCCAAUUGUCAAGAAGACACAGCAACAUGCCAAAGAUAGGUUAUUGAAGCAAACUUACAACCAUUCCAUGAGGGUUUACUACUGGUCUACUGUCAUUCUUCAACAGCAAUUCCCGGAGCAUGCAGACAUUCUUUCCCCUUCGACCCUGGCACUUACUUGCCUGCUCCACGACAUCGGCACCACUGACGAGAAUAUGUCUUCGACCCGUCUCUCUUUCGAGUUUCAAGGCGGCAUCCAAGCUCUCAACCUUCUUCAAGAAACCGGCUCUUCCAAAGACCAAGCCGAAGCCGUUUGCGAGACUAUAAUCCGUCAUCAAGACCUUGGCACCGAAGGAAAUAUCACUUUUCUCGGGCAGCUCAUUCAGCUGGCUACCAUCUACGAUAAUGUUGGCGAGCAUCCAAAUGUCAAGGACUUUGGAAGGAUCAUCCAUGAGAAGACGCGCGAGGAAGUCAAUAACGUUUUCCCACGUGAGGGAUGGCUGGGAUGCUUUGCGGCUACGAUUCGAAAGGAAGAGGAGUUGAAGCCGUGGUGCCAUACUACUCACAUUCCCAAGUUUGCGGAGCUGGUUGAAGGUAAUCAGCUGCAGAAGCCAUAUGAGUGA